AUGGCAAAUAGCAAACAGAACAACGAUCUUCUGGUGCGCGACUUUGAGCAAAUCCGACUCCAUGAUGGUGCCGUCGUCGGAGGUAAGAAUGCCUCACUGGGUGAGAUGAUCAACACCCUUGAGGCAAAGGGAAUCGCGGUCCCUGCUGGCUUUGCCACAACGGCCCAGGCGUACUGGGACUACGUGGACGCCAAUGGGAUUCGGGACAAGAUGGCCGGGCUGAUUGUGGACUGGGAAGCGGGACACACAACCCUGGCGGAGACGGGCAGGGCAAUGCGCCGGCUGUUUCUUCGUGGAAGUUGGCCGGAAGAUGCCGCCAGUCACAUCCGGGACGCCUAUCGCGCCCUGGCGACCCGAGUAGGUGUCUUUGAACCGAGCGUGGCAGUUCGCUCGAGCGCUACUGCCGAGGACUUGCCGGACGCCAGCUUCGCCGGUCAGCUCGAAUCGUACCUCAACGUGAGCGGGGAGAGGGCAGUGCUGGAUGCCUGCCGGCGGUGCUACGCCUCGCUCUUCACCGACCGGGCCAUCAGCUACCGUCGCACCAAGGGCUUUGACCAGAUGAGCGUUGCGCUGUCCGUCGGCGUGCAGCAGAUGGUGCGGUCGGACGCCGGCGGGUCCGGCGUCAUGUUCUCUAUCGACACAGAAAGCGGCUUCGAUCAGGUUGUGCUCAUCAAUGCCGCGUGGGGUCUCGGCGAAAACGUCGUUCAGGGUGCGGUCGACCCGGAUGAAUAUCAAAUCUUCAAGCCUCUGCUAGGCAAGCCCCGGCUGCGGCCCAUCAUCAGCAGGAAGCGAGGGGACAAGGCUAUCAAGAUGAUCUACAGUGACGAUCCGCAACAGCCGACGCAUAACGUGCCGACGUCCAAGGCUGAGCGCGCCGCUUUCGUUCUCAGCGAUUCGGAGAUUCUCCAGCUCGCAAGCUGGGCGUGUACCAUUGAGGGCCAUUAUGCGGGCCCCAUGGACAUGGAAUGGGCCAAGGAUGGGAUCACGGGCCGCCUGUACAUCGUUCAGGCGAGGCCAGAAACGGUGCAUUCGCGCCGGGGUGAUGCGACUGCCCGCCUCCACACGUACCAGGUCGGCCGCGGCAAGGGCCGGGUGCUGGCCACGGGCCUCUCUAUCGGAGAAGCGGCGGUCGCUGGCCGCGUCUGCCUCAUCGAAUCGGCUCGGGACCAGGACCGGUUCCUCGACGGGUCGAUUCUGGUGACUCCGACCACGGACCCGGACUGGGUGCCCAUUAUGAAGCGGGCGGCCGCGAUCGUCACGGACCAUGGCGGCCGCACCUCGCACGCUGCGAUCGUCAGCCGCGAGCUGGGCCUUCCGGCGGUUGUGGGCACGGGCAAUGCUACCUAUGUGCUGCACACCAAGCAGGAGAUAACGGUCUCCUGCGCCGAGGGGACCACGGGCCUGGUCUACGAGGGUCGCGCGGAGAUCACCACCCAGACCGUGGAUCUGCAGGACCUGCCGCCAGUGAAGACCCAGGUGAUGAUCAACCUGGCCAACCCGGCGGCCGCUUACCGCUGGUGGCGGCUGCCCGCGGACGGGAUCGGGCUGGCGCGCAUGGAGUUCGUCGUCAGUAACGCGAUCAGGGUGCACCCCAUGGCACUGGUCCACUUCGACCGGCUGCAGGAUGCAGAGGCCAAAGCCGAGAUUGCGCGGCUGACGACGGGGUAUGAGCACGACCGUUGCGACUAUUUUGUGGACCAGUUGGCGCAGGGACUCGCGGCUCUCUGUGCCUCCGUCUAUCCCCGUCCCGCCAUCCUCCGCAUGAGCGACUUCAAGACGAACGAGUAUGCCGGGCUCAUUGGCGGCGCGGAAUUCGAACCACAGGAGGACAACCCGAUGAUCGGCUUUCGGGGCGCGUCACGCUACUACUCGCCGCGGUACAGAGAGGGCUUCGCGCUCGAAUGCCGGGCCAUUAAGCGAUUGCGCGACGAGAUGGGCUUUACAAACGCCAUCGUGAUGAUCCCCUUCUGUCGCACGGUGGACGAGGCGCACAAGGUGCUAGAGGUGAUGGCAGAUAAUGGGCUGCGGCGCGGGGAGCAUGGCCUCCAGGUGUAUGUGAUGUGCGAGAUCCCCAGCAACGUCAUUCUGGCCGCGGAGUUCGCGGACUGCUUUGACGGGUUCUCCAUCGGCUCCAACGACUUGACGCAGCUUACUCUUGGGGUCGACCGCGACUCGGCUGAGCUGGCGGACAUCUUCAACGAACAAGACGAGGCUGUCAAGUGGAUGAUUGCACGGGUGAUCACGGUGGCACGCCAGAGGGGCUGCAAGAUCGGGAUCUGUGGCCAGGCACCGAGCGACCAUCCCCAGUUUGCUCAGUUCCUAUCAGACUCGGGAAUCGAUUCGAUAUCAGUCAGUCCGGACAGUUUCGUAGCCGUCAAGCGGCAUCUGAUUAGAAGUGAGCGGGGCAUUCCCAAUCGUUGA